UCUCCCACAACACGAAACUGCCUUGAUUACCUCAGUAAAACUCGUCGCAUCAUGAAAAGUGAAUCACUAUUAAUUACUGGUCGAAUUUAUUAAUAAUUUGGCGCAGACUGCGUCAAACACAUAAAACAUUAUUAUUCCAAAAAGUGCAAUAAAGUGUUUUAUUGUUGUGCGUAAAAGCAACUUUAAAUAUGAUUUUUUUCUGUUUUUGGUCUUGUGAGUUUUUAUGAUUACGCUGCAUUCUGUUAUGUCUGGUUACAUUUAAUCCAAGAGAUACAAAGUUUUCACCAUGUCUGUAAUUUAAAACUAUCUCUGCAGAGGAUUUUAAAGCGUCUCUGUGUGAUCCGGACAGCCGGAAGUAAAGACUCAAGCUUGGAAAUGAAAGGAUUAGGGCUUGUAUGUGUCCAGGAGAGGAGUAAAGGACAGACAAGGCCUCGGUUAUGAUCAUUGCAGUCUGCCAGUUGCCUCGCCGUAGGAAAUGCCGGAUGCGUCUGCUUGCGCCAGAGAAAGGACACAAAGGCUGAGCUUUAUUGGUGAUAUUUAGCUUAGACAGCCAGGUUGUAACCUUAAGAAAAACAACCCAAUUGCCCGUGAUAAAAAUGACUGUUAUAUAGCACCCAAAUAACCUCACCCCACUUUCCGUUUUAGAUUGCCUUCAAAGCUGUGUCUGCACAACCCUGCAGACACAGCAGUGCGCAUAUUAGAAAAUGUCCCUUAAUAUGUUUUGAUAUUGUAAACUCCAGUAAUGCUUUAAAAAAGUCCUGAAUUUUUUUUAAAUAAAAGCCACUAACAAGAAGCAGAAAUACAUUCCCAAAGUGUGAGGCUUACAGAUGGAGGUCAUUAAAUUACUAUCAGUUUUAUAUUUUGGAGAAUAAAUAAUCCUGUUAGGUAAAACUAUCUGAGGGAAAGUUGUUAGGUGAUUUCACAAAUAGUGGCUUUAAAGUAACACCCCUGCUCCUUUUUAUCACAACUAUAUCCGAUUACACCAACAUGAGAUCUCUUCACAAAAAUCAUAACGUUUAUUGCUUAUAAAACGAAAUAUUCCCCAAUAAAGGCGCGGGGACUUGCUAUUAAAAUAUGGUGGGGAAAAUGGUGGCCAUUUAGUUGAGCAGCAGGCUGAUUUAUUAUUUAUUGUUCUGUCCCACGGUCACGUGUUUGGGGCGCCCUAUCCAGUCUUGGGCAAGGUUCAACUUGCUGGACGCAUUGAGCCCCUAGCUGGUGCAGGAAAGCAGCACAUUAUAUGCAAUGAAUCUGUUUUUUCUAAACAUUGCAACACUCUAACGCGUUUUUUUUUUUCCUUUUGCAUUUUCAUAAUGUCGACGUUAGGAGCGAGUUACUAUGUUGAGCCGCCUGUUCUUCCCGAGCAGGAAGAUAUGGCACCUAGAUACCCGUCAACUGCAGGGGUGGAGCAGGCGAUGCUCACCGAAUAUGGCGGACAGGAAUCUUGCCCUUUGCAGGCGAAAUCUUCUAUUUUUGGUGGAUCGUGGAGUCCCAUCUCGGCUCACCCUCCGAACACAGCCGCUCCGACCUAUAUACAUCACCAUUACACGAGCGGGGACAGCGAUGGCAUGUUUACGCGCUCCUGGGCGUUGGAUCCGGUGUCUGCGUCUCUGUGUUUGACGGGAUUACCAUCGACAGCCAUGCAUUAUGAGAUCAAACCCGAGCCCCUGAUUGGGAGUGCUGAAUGCACAACUUUGGAGACGCACACACCUCUUUUGUCUGACAUUGAAAACGGAGCAUCCCUUGCGGAGAUUCCCUGUGAAACCACAUCCGCGUCUAAAGCUACUGAGGAGAGCCCGUCAGCAGAGGACAAGAGGGAAAUAGAUGCAAAUAACCCAUCGUCCAACUGGCUUCACGCAAAGCCCACCAGAAAAAAGCGUUGUCCAUAUACAAAGCAUCAAAUCCUCGAACUGGAAAAGGAGUUUCUCUUUAACAUGUACCUCCCCCGGGAUCGUAGAUACGAAGUAGCGAGAGUCCUGAGUUUGACCGAGAGACAGGUGAAAAUCUGGUUUCAGAACCGCAGGAUGAAGAUGAAGAAAGAAAACAAAGACCGGCGGAGAGACAGUUAACUGGUAUUGGACUGAUGGUGGAUUAGAAGGAGGAGGAGGAGGAAGAGGAGCAAGAGGGGGAGGAAGAAGAAGGGAGGGGGGUCUGUCUUUAAUAUUCCUGACCUGUUACACAUGUUGUUGUAAAGUUUGUGUUGUUAAAAACCAUGCUGGAUGUUUUUUUCUCUCUCUCCUCUGUGAGAUCCAGUGUUUCAUGUUUGUGAGAGGACACAGUGUCUCGUCAGAGUGUAGAUGUCUUGUACUUGGCGCACAGGAAUAGUUAUUAACUAUAGGCCAUUUGUUAUUUGCAUGAAUUGAUCCUUGACUACCUGAAUGUCUUUCUGCUACCUAUUUGCAUUAAGUUAUUUUAGUUUUUGCAAUUUAGAUGUUUUUUAACCUUUCAGGUUUUUGAUCCAUUUGUGAAAACACUGUGCACACUUCGAAUACCUCGUCGUUCCUGGUUUCAUCCAAAAUAAAGAGUAGUUUGUUUAGCACAUAAGAAAAUUAUGUGGCUUAUUUGUUUGUUAUCAUUUUUGCUUAAUAUUAAAACACAUAUUUUUAACACAUUUUUAGCAAAAUACACACUUUACAUUAAGAACUACUAUUAGCAU